ACAGAAAAAAAUAGAUUAGUUAGUCUUCUAAUCACGUUUUCUCUUAUACUCCCACGACUUUCUAGACAUUCAACAUUCUUGCUGUACAGUAUAGCAAAAAUCAAAGUCAGCUGAUGACACUGCAGCGAUAGAUUGGUUGCCAUGCAAUGACGCAAGGGUACAAAAUGGGGGAUGUAGAGCAGUUAGUAGCGGAGCCUGAUGAGGGGGAUUUCAAUCAAGAUGUAAAUGGCCUCCACCCUUCCAGCUUGAAUCAGCAGAAUCCUUGGUUCAUCUCUCAAGUGAUAACAUCAAUCACAUCAACGAUUGAAGCCAAUGGAUGGUAUAUUUUAGGCUUUUUGAUCUUGGCUUAUAUAGCAAAGAUUAAUUUACAACCCAAAAUUUCUGCUUGGAGGAGAAAGAAGGAAGAGGCAGAAGAAUUAGCUGCUGUUCAUAAAGAUCCAGACAGGUAUCUGGAAAGAGAGCUAGCACUUGAUAAAGCAAGACAAAGACUCCAACAGCAAUACAAUCAGAAUACUGAGCAGUGGCUUGAAAAACAGAAUGAAAAACAGAAAGAGUUAGAAGAGAAGAAACGUCGAGAAAAAAUAGAAGACUGGGAACGUCAUCAGAGAGGUGAAGGAUACAGGAACAAAUCAAGACAUACAGCAAGUGCUGCAGCAGCUCCUGUAUCUAAUGCCAGUAGAGGAACAGGUGACAAGAAGAGUGGGAAACCUAAACUUAGACCAGAAUAUAAUCCUAUGACUGGAGACAUAGGAGGUGGAUCAUGUAGAUGGAGACCUGAUAGGCCAGGACCCUCUGGAGGAGGAUGAGGUUAAAAAUUGUACACAGCAUGUCUCUGUUGGAUCCUAGAUGCUAAGAGGUUGAUGUAAUCGUGUUUGGUGCUUCGACUAGUGGGAUGGCUACCACCAGGAACACUUCAUAUUUCUCAUCUCUAGUUAUUGCCAAAAGUUAUGAGAUCCCUUCAACUAACAAAGUAUGACAUCAUGUCUACCAAAAGCCCUCUUCAAGUGCUGUAUAGUACUACUAUAUGGAUUAAUAGUGAGGUCAUUACAUAAGUAGCUAAAGAAUAUUUCUGAAUUUGAUUGAGAGGGGGAUAGGCUAACUUGCUUGAAGUAUAAUUAGUGAAGAAAAGAGGACCAUCUUAGCAUGUAGGACUAAUAAGAGUUCUGUGUACAUUAUGCUUUUGCCAUUUUGGGUUAUUGUCUUUGACAUACAUAAGCACCGUUUGAUGCAUUUAUAUUUUGUCUUUUCUUUCAUCACAUUGUAACCCAAUUGGCACUUUCUCCUAGUAGGCCAUUGUUGUCAGACAUUAUGAAAUCAUUGACCAAAACAGUUUGUCUGAGGUUAUUGAUUGAAGCUACGUCUGACCCUUCAUGCUGUAUUUUUGCUUGUUCAAAGUAUUUAAGGUGUUUUUUCAAACAAGUUCAUAUACGGCAUAUGGGAAAACUUUGGAUUCCAGUAAAUAGUGUUAGUGAAAAAUUGAAUUAUGAAAGACCCAUUUUAGAAACAGUGAAAGAAGUGUAUGUUUUACUUUAUUACUAUUUUACUAGAUUAUAUUUCAUAAAAAAGUGUAUUUCAAAAAUACCUGUUGUCCUUGAAACAUAGAAAAAUAAAGCUGUAGUAAUUACUAUUCCUGUUACAGUAAAGUUUAAUUAAAAAGACUAUGUGUACUGAUUAUACCAAUAGGUAGAAUACAUUGGUGAUUUGUUGCUGUUUAAGAAAUUUCCCACAACGAAAAUAUUCAAGUACCUAGUAAGCAAUAUUUUUCAGCUGUUGUAAGGAAAUGUAUUGUAUGUAUGAAGGAAAUGUAUUGUAUGCAUGAAAAGUCUGUAAGCAAUAUUUUGCUGUUUGAAACAUAGCUUAUGUAUUAAUAAAUGAAUUUUUGUAGA